AUGGCCGCCCUCGGCGACAUCCUCAGCAUCGCCCACGUCCUAAAACGCGCCUACGACCUCUACAACAACUGCCAAUCCGCGCCCUCCGAGCUCCGCCUCGCGCGCGAGCACAUCCACGCCCUGGCCCUCUGCCUCGAGGGCGUAAAAUCCGACCUCGUCAACAACCCGCGCUCCUUCGUGCACCAGCGCAACGACAUCGCGCGGACGCGCCAGCACGCGCUCAAAGCGCACGUCGGGCUGUGCGAGAAGGCGCUGCGGCGCAUGGAGCGGCUGCUGAAGAAGUACCAGGGGUUUAAGCAGCAGCAUGUUAGUCUGUGGGACCGGUUCCGCUGGAGCACCGACGGCAAGAAGGAGAUUGCCGAGUGUAAGGCCGACUUGGUCGUCGCGACGAGCGUGCUGGAUGUGUUUUUGAGUAAGGAGGGGAUUAGUGUGCUCUGGAGGCUCGAGGGCACUGUUGAAGCGCUGACGAGGCAAAUCGAUGGCCUCGCGCGGCAGUUGGGCGCGCUCGCUGCGCUGGUACCGCCUCCUGUUAACGGCGAGAGGGCCGCUAGACCGCGCUCUGGAUCCAAUGUCACGAGGACGCUGGUGCUGAGUCUCGUCCUCGCGCGCCUGAGGAAAGCACUCAGGGGCUAUCGGAGGAAGAAGCUCGGCGGGCGGAAGAAAACGCCGCCUCUGGGCGGCCCGAAGAGACCGCAUCCCGCUACGAGGGUGAACUCUGGCUUCAAGCUGGACAAGAAGCGGAGCGAGACACUGCGGAGCUAUGCGUCGAAUAUCGCAACCGCUGCAUCUCCACCGCCGCCGUACAAGCCGCGUCGCACACGCACACCUAGCCCGGACUUCUACUACCUACCCAACAACUCCUCCUCCCCACCGCCAAAACCAAUCCGCCGCUCAAGCUCCAUGCAGCGGCUGCUCGGCCGCGGCGGCAAAGAGCACCCCGCGGGAAUAGGCCUCCUCCCCGCCGAGCACUACGAAUGCUGGAAAGUCGGUGUCGGCAGCCUGGCCUUCGGGCCGAAAACCGCGCCGCAGUUCCUGCCGCACCGGCGCGGGCAGAUGCAGUUGCGCAAGAUGGCGGCGGUGUUCAAAGAGGCGAGUCUGUAUGAUGGGAAAGCGCUGAACGAGCGGGAUGCGCGGGUCAAGCUGCUUUUGAACGAGAAGAACAAGAGGGAGAAGAAGAAGAAGGGCGGGAGUGGGAAGACGUGGUAUUUUGUUGCGGCGCGGGUGGUGAAGAGAGAUCCGGGGAAGUCGGGCAUGGUGGUUGUGGAGAAGGCUAUUGUUAUCUUAGUACGGCGGUGA